AAGUGUAACAUUUACUUCCUUUUUUACAAUAGUAGGUCAGACCUACAAAUAAGUUCCAAUCAGUCUCUCGCGGGUACGUCUAGGAUUACUGAUAAUAGGCUUUGCUCUACUGUACCGGCAGUCAUGUCGUGCGCAGACACUGAGUGGACGUUUAUAGGAGACUAUGGAUGCCUCAAUUAUAUUUUGUUUUAUUGUUUUCUUUCUUUUAUUUAGUCAUAUCAGCUCAGAGUGUUUUCCAGGAUGUUCCUGUGGUACUGACCGUUAUGGGAGGUCACUCACAUGUAUGGCAGCACCAUUAUCCGGCAUUCCUAAGGACAUACCAGAAGAUUUGACUAAAAUCCGAAUAGAAAAAUCACAGUUAAGUGAGCUACCAAAGGCAGUGUUUUCCCAUCUUAAGUUACUAAAGCAUCUCUGGCUGAACUUCAAUGACAUCGCUAUCAUAAAUAUCAAAAGUCUGGAAGGUUUGGGCAACUUGACGGAGCUCAGGUUGCAGGGUAACAAACUGCGUUCAGUACCAUGGACAGCGUUCGAGGAAACACCCAACCUUAAGAUCCUGGACCUGAAGCACAACCGCAUCGACGCCCUACCGGAACACGCGCUAAAGUUUCUACCAGCCCUGACCUAUUUGGAUCUGUCCUCUAAUCAGCUCUCAGUCGUUUCUAAAGACGUCUUCCUCAACUGGCCUCUCUAUCACACAGAAAACAAAGAUGAACAACCUACAGUGUCCAAUGUUGUUCUGGCGCUUCACGAGAACCCAUGGCUGUGCGACUGUCGCCUGGGAGGCUUCAUUGAGUUCAUCAAAUCGCUGAGUCCACCAUUCAUUCUAAUGAACUCAUAUUUGACAUGCUCUGGCCCUGAUUUCAAGGCAGGAAAAUUUUUUCAUGAGGUCCAUCUAAAGACGUGUGUGAAGCCAGUGGUCAGUUCCCCAGACACUAACAUCACUGUGCUGUUAGGAGGGAACAUCACGUUAACAUGCUUUGCCACGGCCAGACCUGAACCUGCUGUUCGAUGGAUAUAUGAUCUUAAGAUACUAAGAGGAUUUCAUGAGAUUCAGAGCCGUGUGGAUGAAGACACUAUCAGGUCUCAGCUGAUCAUUCCUUCGCUCCAUCCGGCCGAUCAAGGGCUCUACACCUGCACUGCCAAAAAUUUCAUUGGCAAUUCCUCCAUCAGCAUUUUAUUGGACGUGAAGUCUCCGGAAGGCUCUGUGUCUCAUUCCUCAGGCUUCCCUGCUGCUAUCGCUGAGGAAAAUGUUUACAUCGAUAUCCGUAUUUCCAAGCAAACAGUCUAUGGCAUCACAAUUGAGUGGCAUGCUGUGACAGAAAAUCCAGCUGAAACCUGGUUCACCAUCCAUUUUGGACACUAUGACACAAUUAAGAAGGAGCAGAUAUACAUUGGGCCAGGUAUCAACACAUACUCUGUCACAGACCUGCUACCAGCCACUAAAUAUGAAAUCUGUGUUACUCUAAAAAAACAGGCUCCUCAGAAGGGCCAGUGCAUUGUAUUUGUGACAGGCAGUGAUUUCAAUGAGAUGGAACAGAGAGAGAAGCUCAUUCAUAUUGUCGUCAUUGUAUUUGCCAUGGUGCUUGCAGUGCCUGCAGGAAUGUAUGCCUGCACCACCAAUGCCAAGUUCAACUGCUUUGAGCGUUGCACAGAGAUUUGGAGAAACAGGAGACAUUCUGAACGCUCUCACAUGCCUGACGAGAGGCAGGGCACAUUUGACAGUCUCCAAGCUGCCAGUGAUGAGGGCCUCUGUAAGGAGUCCAGCAAAGAGCAGGAGGACAGACGAAGGUCUGCAGAGAAGAUACAGAAAACAAAGAAUGAACAAAGACCAACAGCUGAGCUUAACUGACAACACACACUCAAAGAUAGCUAUAGACUCAUUAAUACCCAUGAAAAUAUUCAUUUUAAUUAUAUUUAUCUAGCUAGAGUAGAGAUCAGAGUACAGUUAAUAUGCUUAUUAUGGAUUCCACAAUCUUCAGAAGAGAGUCUCAACUGGUAUUGACCUCAUGGAUCUGCUGCUACCGGACAGGUUUUUACAAACAAACUGACCAAAAAAAAAAAAAAGACCAAAGGAAAUCUUUGAAUAAAAGCAAAGACCAUUAAUAUACAAGGGACCAAAUGCAUUUUGACAACUAGUGGCAAUUACUAGUGCUCAAAGUAUAGAAAACAUGGACCCACUUUAUAUUAAGUGGCCUUAACUACUAUGUACUUACAUUUUAAUUAAUGAUUUAGUACAAUGUACUUAUUGUGUACAUACAUGUUAUUACAUUGUACUUAUAUAUUUUUUAAAAACUACACGUAAUUAAAUCUGUUUUUAAUUUCUGUAAUUACAUUUAUAAUUACACUGUUGACCCAUACUUUACACCUUAACCCACCCUUAAACUUACCCCAUCCCACCUCAAUAGCAGCAAAAGUGUUUUACAAUACAAUAUGAACACAAUAAGUACAUUGUACUUAUUUUUUAUGUAAAUACAUAGUAGUUAAGGCCACCUAAUAUAACGUGGGACCGAAAACAUUCAAAAUACAACUACUUUGUUUAUUAUUAUUAUUAUUAUGAUUAUUAUUAUUGCACUAUGAUUGUUAAAAUCAUUGGUGUGUUUUAUGUAACAUAUUUUCAUGCACAUCUUUUUAAGUAGACACACACGUCAGCUGGCAAACCCUUUGACAAACCAAGGAAAAAGCCACAUACAGACGAUGAUAACUGAACAAUGACUGAUAUGAGACUGAAAUACACUGACCUUUGAAAGAAUUGAAACUGAGUUUAAUUUGAACUUGAAGUUAUUGUUUCGGGGAAGGAAUUAUGUAAAUAUUAUUUUAUAAAAUGUAUUUACUCCUAAUAUAUAUAUAUAAUUUUUUUAAAACAAGUUAGAUGCCAUUCGUCUGUCAGUACAUGUAUGAAUUACAAUGGAAAUGUUUUUCUGAACUUGUUUCUGUAGUUGAUUUUGAUACAUGUAUAUAAAUGUAUAUCAGACAUACUUAGAUGUAUGAUAGAUUGUGGACAGUGCAAUUCAAGGUUUUAAAAUUCUGCUUUAAAUUUAAUUCUCAAGAUUCAUUUGUGAAUAUGCAUGAAAUAACAAAUAAUGCUUUUCCACCAUCAGGCUGAAUGGUUAGCGCUGCUGAAUCACGCUGUGCUGCACCAAUCAGGGCUUGCUGACAGUUGCUGAAAAGCUUUGUUUUUACCAUUGUAGUGCAUGCUAAACCAGGUUACCAGUCGUCAGACUCGCUACGUCACUAAAGCAGAGCACAGUUCUCUACAUAAUACCCAUGCUCAGAAAUCUGUAAGUGGAACAUUUUGUAAAUGUUCUAAUGGAUAUGCUUUUGGUACUGGGAAAGUGCUUAAAGAGAACAGAUGUGUUUGAGUGUGCUGACUUACAUCCAGAUCUCUGUGACCUUAGGGCUCCAAAAUCAAGUAGUCAAAAUGUACGCAUCUUGGUUUGAAUGUUUUGUUUUUCUUUUAUCCCUGUUCAUCAGUGAAUUUUGCAAGUUUGUAAUCCUCUCUAAAAAAAACAGUAAUCCUACUUGCUUCCUACAGGGAAUAAUUCCAUGUCAUUUGCGCUUUUACUAUCUGAAAACAGACUUUCCUCAUCACAGCAAUUUUGUCUCAUGUGCUGGGGUGCUUUUAAAGAAGAAAGAAUCAUAAACAUUUCCAAAGUUAAAUAGCACACACAUUUAAAAUAUAUAGUGCAUAUGUCUUUAAAUGGAUAAACCCAUGUUUAUAGAUUUAGGAAUGCCAGAGAAACACAAUUUAUAAUUUGUCUUCUAAAUCUUAAUAUCACCGCCAAAUCUGAAUUUGACGUUAAGCUCAAAAGAACAAGCACAUGCUAAAAUAGCCAAAUCACAGCUGGACAUGGUAAGUUACUGAAAUUUGAGUUGUACAAUAACAUAAAAUAAUAUAUAUAUA